AUGGCGACCAAGUUCGAGAUGAGCGAUCUCGGCAAACUCACAUAUUAUCUUGGAAUAGAGGUGCUGCAACAUGAGAACGGCAUUAUGUUAAAACAAGAGAGGUACGCAACAAAGAUCCUUGAAGAAGCUGGAAUGAAAGACUGCAACGCAGCACAAGCACCUAUGGACCCAGGUCUUCAACUGUCUAAAGCAAAGGAAGAAAAGGGAGUUGAUGAAACAAACAACAGGAGGAACAUUGGGUGUCUUAGGUACUUGUUACAAACAAGGCCUGAUCUUUCAUACAGUGUUGGCAUAUUAAGCAGGUAUCUCAAGAGGACUUUAGCUCAUGGCCCCUCAUUCAGACGAGAGACAAAACCGGGUUUAAUAGGAUACAGCGAUAGCAGUCUUGGCGUAGACUUGGAUGAUGGAAGGAGCACGUCAGGGCACAUCUUUUACCUCAAUGAGUGUCCGAUUACUUGGACUUCACAGAAGCAAGAGACUGUUUCUCUUUCAUCGUGUGAAUCAGAGUUUAUGGCUGCUACGGAAACAGCAAAACAGGCGAUCUGUAAACACAUUCACCAACGAUACCAUUUUAUACGGGAAUGUAUUGAAAACGAGCUGAUCGAAGUCGAACAUGUUCCGGGAACAGAGCAGAGGGCGGACAUUCUAACCAAAGCACUUGGGAGGAUUAAGUUCAAGGAAAUGAGAGAGCUUAUUGGGAUUCAAGACUUGUCAAAAGAGGAUUUCAAGCUUAAGGAGGAGAAUGUUGGAAUAAGCUUGAUCAAAGCUUGA